AUGAUGCAGGAUGAAACUCCGCGAUACAUGGCCUCCACCAGCUCCUGGCAGCAGCGUGCGCGAAGUCCAACAGGCGGCCAGCGGCAAGCCGAGCGAAGCAGGCGGCGACAGUUCUCCUCUGGGCAGCUUGAAGUACUGCCAAAGGAGGGAGAGACACAGGAGCACAGGGGCAGUCCAUCUCUCGAGGAGCUCCAAAGAAUUCAGAAGACCUUGGCUGCGCGGCUAAUCAAGCUGGACGAGGGUCUCCGUGAACGAGAUUCGCAACUUGCAGAGCUGCGAGCCAGGUACCAGGAAGUGCAGAAAACGAACGAGGAGUGGCGCAGCCGUGCCUGCAACGCUGAGGAGGACACCGCGCCCUUUUCUGUGCUCUGCAGUGCAGCUGGGGCAUAUUGUAGAUAG